GUUCAUAAUGUCUUUCGCCCAGAGGUCAUUUGUGCAAAAAGUAUCAAAGCAACCGGCUUCUGAUGUGAGGAAAAACAUUAAUGUCCAUAUGCAGUCAAAGACCACAAGUUCCGCAGCAAUAUGCUCAUCUACGCUUUCCCUCACCGAACCACUUGAUUAUGAAGAAUUUCUGACUCAACACAUGAACAUUAUUAACCGAGAUCCGCUAAAGCACAUCUUGGAUUUUCCCCAAGGAGAUGUUUCAGUGAAGAUAAUACCGCGGAAAAUUCGCACUAUCGAUCACAUUAUACCCAAAGAGAAUAUCUCUGAUUUACCAAAACAUUUACAAGAGUGCAUUCGUUGCUACACUCGUCCUUGGAAAGUUGUGGAAUAUGCAGAACGCCAUUACUCGAGCUCUUGUUGUGCCCGAGAGCGUAUUGAUCGCGAAACUAUCAGCACAUCGGCAUACCAGCAAGAAUUUGAGAUUGACAAAGAUUUCUCCUCGUUUGACGAAACGUUCAUCGAUAAGAGCGAAAGCUGCACACCUAGUUCAAGACAAUCAAUAGCCAGCUUAGCAUCAGUUAGUUCUUGUACAGAUACACUUACUCCUCGUAGUUCUUGGGCCAGUUUUGAUUUAAGGCGUUCAAUUAAUGACCCUCUUAUACCCAAUUUAUUGGAUAACGUACCGUCAGAUCAAAUUGAUCAAUUAAAUGACGCACGGCGUCAGGACGAGCGUCAAUCUGCAUUUUUUUCACUUUAUCCAGAAAAUGAAACUGAAGAAGUUAUUGAGCGCAGAUUACCUGCCGAGCUGCCAGUGGAACAUAUGGGUCAUCGUAUACAGAUAAAAUGUCUGCAGCUGAAGCUGGAGUUAGAAGUAGAACCUAUAUUUGCAUCGAUGGCCAUAUAUGAUGCAAAAGAGCGUCAAAAAAUCUCUGAGAAUUUUUACUUCGAUAUGAAUUCGGAUGGUCUGAAGCAAAUGCUUUCAAACCAUGUUCGCUGUGCCGAUAUUAGCACGCAAAGUCGUUCGGCUAUAUUUGAAAUUUCCUAUCCAAGUAAUGAUUUGUUCCUAGUUAUACGACUGGAAAAAGUACUUCAAGGCGACAUCAAUAACUCUGUCGAACCAUACCUGAAAGACGACAAAGACAAGUAUAGAGAGAAAGUUAAGUCAAAUGCAAUGGAUUAUUGUGAACGUUUGGGAAAAUAUCGCAUGCCUUUCGCUUGGACAGCUAUACAUUUAACAAAUGUUUUCAAUGGCGAUAAUUUUGAUAAUAAAGACGGCAGCGCUGGCGAGAGAGAUUCAUCGGGCAGUAUUGGUAGUGCCACCUUGGGGUCUGCCGCAAGUUCAAAUAGCUUAGAUCGCAAGUCUUCGACCAGCAGCUUUGAUCAACUACGCAAAAAAGCAAAUGAUAUGAGCGGAACACUGACAAGACGGGGCUCUCUGGAGCGCAGGGAAAAACGACGCUCUUGGUCACCGGAUGACUUUGCCAACGUUGUUGAAAGUUUUCGUCCUAUAACUUUAACUGUGCCAAGUUUCUUUAAACAAGAGGCGGACAAAAUGAAAGACGAAGAUUUAUAUAAAUUUUUGCCUGAACUUAAGCGUCCAAGUACAGUUAUGAAAAAAUAUAAAUGCAUUCCGGGAUCUAUAAAAUUGGAGAUAUCGCCGUGUGCUGAAGAUGUUAUGAACUCGUUAACACCAGAGUUGACCAGAAUCGCGCCGUAUAAUGGAGAGAAAACACGUCCUGUCAAAGAAAUAUUGGAGUUUCCAUCGCAGCCCAUUUAUAGCUCCCACUACAGCUAUCGCAAUUUACUUUAUGUGUCUCCCAAAGAGUUGAAUUUUUCGUCACGCGCUGGUUCGGCACGUAACAUUGCCAUUCGUGUGCAGUUGAUGGCAGGAGAGACCCCUAAGGAUGCAGUUAAUGCCAUUUUUGGUAAAUCUUCGUGUCCAGAAUAUGCAUCGGAAGCAUUUACAUCCGUCAAUUACCAUAACAAGUGUCCAUCAUUCUAUGAUGAGAUUAAGAUUGCUCUGCCUGCUUCCAUCAAACAGCACCAUCAUUUAUUAUUUACCAUCUAUCACGUAUCGUGCCAAAAAAAGCCGCACGAAAUGCAGGUUUCGGUUGAAACUCCCAUCGGCUACACCUGGUUACCACUUCUAGAGGAUGGCAAACUUAAAGUUGGUGAAUUCAAUCUGCCUGUUAUGUUGGAAUCGCCACCGGAGAACUACUCGUUCAUACCACCGAACGUUCAUCUUCCUGGGAUUAAGUGGUUGGACAAUCACCGUGCCGUAUUUUCUAUCAAUGUAGAUGCUGUGACUUCAGUUCACACUUUGGAUGCACACCUUGAUCGUUUUUUUCUAACUUGUGAGUACUUAGAUACCCACAACAUACCCUCCCACAUAGGCGAGUGUAAUAUGGAAGCAGAGUUAAAAAGAUGUCUGCUGGAUAUAGAGAAUGCCAAUCGUGAAUCAUUGGUUAGGCAUCUACCUCUUGUGUUGGACAAGCUAAUCGAGUUAUUGGUAACUACAAAUAUAGUAGGAAGCCAGACAAUGUCGUUGGGUUCGACUGUGUUUGAGGUGCUUUGCUUGGUGUCAGCACAUUUAUCCAUUUUAAGCGAUAUAUAUCAUUAUGGACGACAAAGUUUAUUUUCCACUUACGUGCAAUUUCAAUGCAAAAUACCACAUCCAUUGGCAGUUAAGUGCUGUCUAAGUCGUAGCAGUACCAAUGAAAUUCAGUCAGGUUAUAUUACAAGCGCUGGAACCACUGAACUUGAUAAUGGACAACAUCUAACUGGCGGUCUGAAUGUUAACUUCAGUCACUUACGCUACUUACACGAAGAACUCGCCUUGCAAUAUACACUGGCUAGUGGCAAAGUAGCAGAUUUUGCCAUGAGCAACUCCUGGUUUUUAUUUGAGCUAAUUAUUAAAUCGAUGAUAGAGCACUUGGACUAUUCGGGUACCCUAAAUGCACCACGGAAGAUUCGGUUUCCACAAAAAUUCAUUGAAGACAUAGUCACGCUUGUCACUGUUGUAACCAACAAAAUUAUAGAGUACCAUACAACAGACUGCAGGUUAGCUCAGUCACUCAACGCAAGCUUAAGUUUUUUUAUUUUUGAUCUACUGAGCAUUAUGGAUCGCGGAUUUGUCUUUGGCCUAAUUAAAAUGUAUUCAAAGGUUAUAACAUCAAAAAGUGCUUCCUCACCUGAUUUAAUGAACUAUAAAAUAGAUUUCAAUCGAAUCGUAUGUAGUCAUGAACAUUUUGUUGCGUUAAAUUUGCCCUUUGGUACUUCUUACACAACUAUCUCAGCACCUUGCAGCCCAACUCCUAGCACCACAUCAAACACAAGUCAAGCUUCAUAUGGCUCCAUUGAACGCGCCUUGCACGCUGACCUUAGCACAGAAUUUCGUCAACAACACUUCCUGGUUGGUCUUGUGCUAGGCGAUUUAGCCACUGGCAUGGAAGUGCCCAAUCCGCAACUGCAUGGAAAAGCAAUAAACUGCAUACGCAACCUUUUAGCUUCCCAUGACUCACGCUACGAUACGGAAGCACGUUCGCGAGUAGCUUCACUAUAUAUACCGCUGCUCUCAAUAGUCAUGGAUACCUUUUCACAGUUACAUCAAUUUUUAUCAGACGCUCAGGAUCAUGACCGUUUGCAUCAGAUGGGUCAACUUGAAGAUUAUCAGGGCCCUAACCAGACCAUAACCACGGCGACUAUAAGUCCAGAGGUAGCAUUUGCCAUCUCGGGUAGUCGUGUAUAUUCCUAUAUGACGGAACAAUCGAAAAACAAGAUACCAUUAAGCGCAGAGAAUACGCGUCAUUUGCUGGCUUGCUUCCUAUGGGUGCUGAAAAAUUUGGAGCGCACUAUCCUUUACCGUUGGCUACUCGGCUUGAGUCCUCAUCGCGUGCACCAAAUGCUGCAGGUAUUGAAUACAUGCCUAAAGGCGUUUGAGUAUUCGGGUCAAAAGCGGUUGCCCACAAUAAAGCGGGCUAAGACUCAUAGUUUCCGUAAGACAGGACCAACUGAUGUCAAAGAAAAAUUAGAAGAAUGCAUUAGAGGAACAAAUUCGGCACGUUAUGAUCUCAUAAACCGUCGCAAAGAUCGAAACUCAACGGAGAAACUUCGCUGGCGUAAGGAUCAGAUGCCAUACCGAUCACAGUACAGUGAUACAGUUACGAGAAAUGAGCCAGAACUUGAAUUAUGCCAUUUCAUUGAGGGCUCACUUUCAACAGAAAUUGCGCUUAUCACACUUGAUUCAUUGGAAAUAAUAGUGCAUGUGGCCACCAAUCUACACCAUAAUCUACUAGGGACUGUACUAAAAGUUUUAUUGCACAGUUUAUCCCAUAAUCAGUCGACACUGGCACUACAAAAUUUGUUUGCUUCUCAACGUGCGCUGAUCUUUAAAUUUCCCAAUCUUUUGUUUGAUGAAGAAACAGACAUCUGUGCAGAUUUGUGCCUCUUGCUAUUAAAGCAUUGCGCAUCACAAUUACCAGGCAUUCGUUCACAAGCGGCUGCAUCGCUGUACUUACUAAUGAGACAAAAUUUUGAAAUUGGAAAUAAUUUUGCACGCGUUAAAAUGCAGGUGACCAUGUCAUUAAGCUCUCUGGUUGGCACUAGUGCGUCUUUUAGCGAACAGUCACUUCGUCGUGCGUUAAAAACCAUUUUAGUGUACGCCGAGUCUGAUGCAGAUUUACAGGAAACUUCCUUCCCAGAACAAGUCCAAGAUUUACUUUUCAAUCUACACAUGAUCCUCUCAGACACAGUGAAAAUGAAAGAAUAUCAGGAGGACCCAGAAAUGUUGCUUGACCUAAUGAAUCGUAUAGCCAAGGGAUACCAAAACAACCCAGAUUUAAGGUUAACAUGGUUGGAAAACAUGGCUAAAAAGCACCGUGAACGAUCCAAUCACACCGAAGCGGCCAUGUGCUAUGUACAUGCUGCUGCAUUAGUUUCAGAAUAUUUAAGUAUGCUCGAAUCACAAACACAUUUGCCUGUCGGUGCGGUUAGUUUUCAGCGCAUUUCACCAAACACAUUCAUGGAGUCUGCAGUAUCGGAUGAUGUUCUUAGUCCAGGGGAAGAUGGCAUUUGCUUAGGAAAUCACUUCACUGAGACGGGAUUAAAGGCAUUGCUCGAAGAAGCUUCUAACUCCUUCCAAGUUGCUGGCAUGUAUGAAGCUAUGAAUGAAGUCUACAAAAUACUAACUCCUAUUUGCGAGGCAAACCGCGAGUUUCAUAAGCUCGGCAAAGUUCAUGGUAAACUGCAGGAAGCAUUCAAUCGAAUUGCGCAACUACAGGGUAAGCGGGUAUUUGGAACGUAUUUUCGAGUUGGUUUCUAUGGCGCUAAGUUUGGAGACCUGGAUCAACAAGAAUUCAUUUACAAAGAGCCCACAUUAACAAAGUUGCCAGAGAUAUUUAGUCGACUUCAGAACUUUUAUGCGGAUAGGUUUGGUCCUGAUUCUGUGCACAUAAUUAAGGAUUCUAAUAAUUUCGACAUAAACACAUUAGAGCCAGAAAAAGCUUAUAUACAAAUCACCUAUGUCGAACCUUUCUUUGAAACCUAUGAAAUGCGUCAUAGAGAGACUUACUUUGAACGAAAUUUUAAUAUUAAGCGGUUUAUUUUUGCAACACCUUUUACAAAAAGCGGAAAAGCUCAUGGAGAAUUACAUGAGCAAUGUAAACGAAAAACAAUAUUAACAACGGCCAACUACUUUCCUUACGUUAAAACUCGUAUCCAAGUAAUCAGCAGAGCGCAAUUUCAAUUGGAGCCGAUUGAAGUAGCAAUUGAAGACAUUCAGAAGAAAACAUUGGAAUUGGCAGCGGCUACAAAUCAAGAGCCAGCUGACCCAAAAAUAUUACAAAUGGUAUUACAGGGUUGCAUUGGUACCACCGUUAACCAAGGUCCAAUGGAAAUGGCUAGCGUAUUUCUUUCAAACUUAUCGGACGGCACGACCAUACCUACGAAACAUCAAAAUAAAUUGCGGUUGUGUUUCCGCGAAUUUUCAAAACGUUGUGCGGAUGCUUUAAAGAAGAAUAGGAAUCUAAUAAUGUCGGAUCAAAAAGAUUAUCAACGUGAACUGGAACGUAACUACGAGCGUUUUGUGGAACGUCUUACACCGCUUAUCACACUUACAUCAGUACAAACACAAGGUGUUGUACGAGCCAAUGCCUAUCAAAAUAAAACAACGCCGCUUAAAUGCGUGUCGGAUUAUUUUAAGUAAGUUUAAAUAUGAAGAAUAAACAAACCGGUUUUGAACA